ACUGCAGACAUAGUACAGGAGAUGACCAGAGACUGUGCACAUAGUACAGGAGAUGACCAGAGACUGCGGAUGUACUACAGGAGAUAACCAGAGACUGCGAACAUAGUACAGGAGAUGACCAGAGACUGCGGACACAGUACAGGAGAUGACCAGAGACUGCGGACACAGUACAGGAAAUGAUCAGAGACUGCGGACACAGUACAGGGAUGACCAGAGACUGCGGACACAGUACAGGGGGAUGACCAGAGACUGCGGACACAGUACAGGAGAUGAUCAGAGACUGCGCGGACACAGUACAGGAGAUGAUCAGAGACUGCGGACACAGUACAGGAGAUGAUCAGAGACUGCGGACA